UCUUUGUGAGAGCGUGAACACGUCGUAGUCGUCGUCAUCAUCAUCAUUCGUGGAAAAUAAGGAUGCGAAAAAUUAUCUCACACAUUCCAAAGCCUGCUGCGUGCCGUCGCCGUGAUCCUUGGACCAGUGUCUAGAGUUGUAGAGUAAUUUUGCGGUCCGGUAAUCCGUCAACUUCCGGUCCGCGUUCGUGUCGUCGGUUGUGAUUUUGUAGUGCUUCUGGGAAAGGGUUUUCCCUUUUCUUUUUUUCGUGAAUCCAAGUUUUCCAAAAGGAGUCAUCGAGCGAAGCGUGUGUGUGCAUGAAAUUUUUGGGGUGAAAACUUUUGUCCUCCAGAAUGGCUUCGUGUCGCCGCAGUGCCAACAGGGGCACUACAGGAAGCACUAAUAUGGUGCGGAAAUAGACGACAAAUCGGGAUACUUGGAUUACUCGUAGUCGUCGCGGAAGCGUCAAGGAGUAGAUGCCUACUGGGUGGAAAAUUCGCGUCACGACUGCCAAAAAAUUAUGAUGGAAGAUCCAUUUUUCGUGGUGAAAGACGAAGUUUUCAAGGCACUGAACAAAACACGUGGACUGUACCUUCGGUGGCGCGAACUGAACGAUGCACUUUCCGGCGGCACCACAGCGGAGGCCGAGUGGACCACGACGGAACUGAAAAACUCUCUGCGCAGCAUCGAGUGGGACCUGGAGGAUCUCGAGGACACGAUCAGUAUUGUAGAGAAGAACCCGAACAAGUUUAAAAUCGACAACAAGGAACUUUCCAGCCGGCGCCAGUUUAUCGAUGCAACCCGCGAUGAGGUCAAGUCUAUGAAGGAUGCCUGCAUGAUCAUCAACCGGAACCGCGAUCGAGACAUUACGGCGAGACAGCCCCUGUUGGACAACUGCGAGAACGGAGGCGGAUCGCCGCACCAGCAGAGCAAGAACUUUAUCAACAACAACUGCAUCAUCGGAAACGGAAGCAGCGGCGGAACGCAGCAUCACGGCAACAACACCUUGAACAACAACAACCUGAACCUAUCGGGCACCGGAAAGCACCUGAUUAGUUCGGCCGGAGCAGCGAUGGCGUCCCGACACAGUGGAGCCAAGUACUCCAAGCUGGAGAACAACCUGGACGACAGUCCGACGCACUCGUCCGCGAUGAUGCUGGACUCGGGCUCGUCGCGGUUCGUCGAGGACACGCUCGGCACGCAGCAGCGGAUAAUGGCUUCCCAGGACGAGCAGCUGGACGUGAUUAGCGACUCGAUUGGGACGCUCAAGACGGUGUCGCGCCAGAUUGGCAUCGAGCUCGACGAGCAGGCAGUCAUGCUGGACGAAUUCGGCAACGAGCUGGAGCAAACAGACUCGAAGCUGGACUCCACCAUGAAGAAGGUGGCCAAGGUGUUGCACAUGACCAACGACCGCCGGCAAUGGAUGGCGAUCGUGACGCUGUCGAUCACGCUGCUAGUUGUGAUAGUUAUCUAUAUAAUCCUUUAAUUAAGCUCCCUUACCUAAAGGCACACUCAACUCUCCUCACUGUUUUCCCCUCCACAGAGUUUGUGUAGCAAAACUUUCGUGCAUUUCAUACAUAUAUAUGGUCAGAAAGCAGCACUUUACCAACUAACCAAAACUACAAAUUCAAGUAUUCGAUAAAGCAUGUACCCGUGUGUGUUGUGUGACAGUUGAAGCGAGCGGUAGGUUUGCGAAUUAAAUGGAGAAACAAAUUAGGGAGAGAAAGUGGUCUAAGUUCACAUUUGAACUUUGGUUGGUCUUCGAUUAAGAAAGGGAUUCCGUUCCGAACACAGUCAAACCCCUGUAUUUGAAACCCAAAUUUAUCUUUACGUUAGUACGGGUUGUGGAGCGCAUGCAGCUAGAGGGAUCGAAAAUUAAAGUGUAGAAAGUAGUGCUAGGCAACGGGAAACACUUAGUUCGUAGAAAUUUCGUCAGCAUCAGCAGCAGCUCUUAAUUAGCUUACCCUUAAUGCAUAUGUAAAUACAGUGGAUGUGAGUGCGUGUUAAUUUUAGAAUUCUAGCAGUAAAGAAAUUUUGAAUUGAGUUUAGAACAAACAAACAACGCUUCUUCUCAAAAGAGUACUAGAAAGCGCAUUUUUCCAUUAAGAGAUUAACUUUUAGUACGAACAGCAUUUUAGACUCUCAGAUAUCAAAAUGUUGUGUAGAUUAUUUAAAAAAAUCCUCAGCACACUCUCUCAACCAGAGUUUCUCCUGACUAUUUCACGAUGCACUCGAUUUUGUUCAUUAACAUUUGUAAUCUAUGGGUAUAAUUAAUAUUGAAUCUAGUCACAUACUUAGCAAGAAGCGAGGGGCCCCUCAAAAAAACAAAUCUGAUUUUCGAAUCCUGGUUUUUUUUUUCAACAGUACAAGAAUUACACCUUCGUAGCAGAGCAGAAAAUAAAAUUGGUACGAUAUAAAAACGAGCCUAUAUUUAAAGCCAAAUUUACCCAUAUUUUGAAAUAGAUUCUUAGAUUUCCCAGAUUAAUAACGAAAAACAGUAUAAUAUUAUAACCAAACUUGGUAGAGGCACGAGAUGAAAAGAAGAUAUGAGCAAAGAAGAAACAGAAAAAAAUAUCCAACGUAGAGGCAAGAUGAAACAGAAUCGUAGGAACAGCAAUAGAACGGAUUUUGAAUAUUUACUUUUUUAAGUUUAGUAAACGAUGGUAUCAAAUAAAGGAAACAUUUCAAUGAAA